UCUAUCGAAGUCUCUGUAUAAGGCCCCAGACCCAGCUCUUCUGCUGCCCUGCCAUCGACUGCCCUGGAGCUGCAUCGAGAACCAUGGUGCCCAGGACCUUUGCUCCUGUGUGUGUAUUAGUCUUUCUUCUCCUCCAGCGCUCAAAGACUGUCACAGAUGCCCCCAUGGGCCCAGGGCUGUGGCUAUGUCAGCAGGCGCCCAGGUGUGGGGACAAGAUCUACAACCCUUUGGAGCAGUGCUGUAAUGAUGACACCAUCCUGCCCCUGAAUCGGACCAACCUCUGUGGCCCUAAUUGCACCUUCUGGCCCUGCUUUGAGCUCUGCUGUCCUGAGUCCUUUGACCCCAAGAAGUAUGUUGUGAAGUUGAAGGUUCUGGGUGUGAAGUCUCGAUGCUAUUCCUCCCCCAUCUCCGGGGACUGUGCCAGCAGAAAGACGUUUUCUCAUUUGGAAAGAUAUUGAAGAAAAUAAGUUUCCACUAAGGCAGCUUGGAAAGGAAGCCUGGGGCGGGCAUCAGCAUCUGCACAACGAAGAGCCUGGGAUUUCCACCUUGGGGAGACCUUAGCUGACCGCCACUUGGUUUUCCCAGUGUGCUCCAUUUUAACGUCUGCCCAUUAUCUCUGUCAUUGCUCCCUUGUCCUUCGGUCCCUCUGUCCUGAUUCACCACCCUUGCUGAUACGUGUUAAUCGGUCACCCCACGGAGGUGCCGUGUACCAUAGGCACCCGUGAUUCUUUGGUUGCUCUAUGAAACCCCUUUUGCUAUUAAAUAUCCAUGGGAUUCUGCUGCAAAAAUAAUGUGCUCUUCAGACUCGUAACUUCUCUGGAGAAGAUUUUCCAGCAUGUAUCAGACUUGCUUGUACUUCUGUAUGGCCUCCUAAGUUAAGAGAUAUGACAGAUGCCAGUAGGCCUAUUGGGCAACUCCUAGCUGCUGAGUUCAUUAUGGUUCAAGUUGCUAAUGGCAUGUGGGAAAGAGUCUUCAUUCUUGCCAGAGCAGAGUAGAAGGAUCUAGUGAGGCUCAUAGGCUUCACCCUUAGAGAUAACGCCCAAGAGAGAUUACUACAGUGUUCUGUGUCCAGCCCUUGGGAAAGAGGAUUUCUGAUUGCCCUAAGUUACCUGAAGGAGUAACAGAAGUGUCAUCAAAAUGGUGAAAUGGAAGUUUUCUACCAUCUUCCCCUCAAAGAGCAUUGAUUUUGACGAUCACCUACCAUUCAAGAGUUUAGCUCAGCCACUGCACGGUGUUGGUGCCUCAAAAUCCUUUUUAUUUGGCCAAGCAGCCUUCAGGGAACCUUAAACUGGCACCCUCCCCCAUUCCCCCGUGCAAGUGCAAAUCUAAGUUCCUGAUUUCCCUAACAGCCCUUAAGGUCAACAGUCUCCCUUACCCCCCAGGGCCUUCCCCUGGGUGCCCCUUAGAUAAGAUCCCUGUGGACCUUACCAAAACACUGCCCUUUAUGGUUUAAAUGGACCAAUCUGGCCUUAGCCCAGGGACCCCAAAACAUUCCACUCAUAGACCUAAAUAAAGGCAUGUGCCCAGA